AUGCAAGAUGAAAGUACACAGGUUAUCCAAAAUAUUGUGCCAAUCAAGUUUAUGAAAAUCAAAAGCUUUACGCUUAGUUUGAUUGAUGAGCCACGUUCAUUGACUCCUCCGCCAUUACCGCCAAAGCCUUUUGCAUUAAUUGGUGGUCUCUUGAGAUACUCACGUAAACAUAGUAUAAAUGUACCUGAGAUUAAAAAUCUUUGGAGUGAUCAAUCAAAUAUGCUUACCAUUUCUAGCAGGACUA